AUGGACGUCUCCACCAACAGCAGCUCGGCGUCAGUUGACUUCUUCCUGGUCGAUGGCAGUCUGGAUUACGAGGUUCCUCCGGAUGAGAUCCCGGACACCACGCGGGGCCGUGCCUUCUUCGUGGCCACCGUGGUCAUCGGCGUGGUGCUGGUGGGCAUCAUGCUGGUCUGUGGAGUAGGAAACUGUCUUUUCAUCGUCAGCCUCGCCCGCUACAAGCAGCUGAGGAACCUGACCAACAUGCUGAUCGCUAACCUGGCGGUGUCGGACGUGCUGGUGGCCGUGGUGUGCUGUCCCUUCCUGCUGGAUUACUACGUGGUGAAGCAGCUGUCCUGGGACCACGGCCUGCUGCUCUGCGCCUCCACCAACUACCUGCGCACCGUGUCACUCUACGUGUCCACCAACGCGCUGCUCACUAUCGCCGUGGACAG